UUCUCUUUUGUGCUUUCUCAGCUUCCAGAAAGGAUGGAGGGAGAUGAAGAUACAUCUGUGAUAAGUGAGAGAAAAGGCAAAUUCAAGAGGAUUUGUGUCUUCUGUGGGAGUAGAACUGGAUACAAGUCUACCUUCAGUGAUGCAGCUCUUGAACUUGGAAAACAACUGGUUCAAAGGAAAAUUAAUUUGGUUUAUGGUGGAGGAAGUGUAGGUCUUAUGGGUUUAAUUUCUCAGACUGUUUUUAAUGGUGGUUGUCAUGUUCUUGGAGUUAUACCUAAAGCUCUUAUGCCUCAUGAGAUAUCAGGAGUAACCAUUGGGGAAGUUAAAACUGUUGCUGACAUGCAUGAAAGGAAGUCAGAAAUGGCGAAACAAGCUGAUGCUUUCAUUGCUCUUCCUGGUGGUUAUGGUACCAUGGAAGAACUGUUCGAGAUGAUAGCAUGGUCUCAACUAGGCAUUCACGAGAAACCAGUGGGAUUGUUGAAUGUUGAUGGAUAUUAUAACAGCUUGCUUGAACAUUUUGACAAAGGAGUAGAAGAAGGUUUCAUAGAGUAUUCAGCAAGAGAUAUUGUAGUCUCAGCAGAUACAGCAGAAGAGCUGAUUAGGAAAAUGGAAGAGUAUGCACCACUGCAUGAGAAGGUUGCACCCAGGCAAAGCUGGGAAGUGGACCAAUUAAACUUCUAAAAGUGGGCACACUUUAUGAUCUCAAACCCAACUCAACUUGUUGUAUACUGUUCAAGUUACAUUUUCUAGUUUCCUCUCAAUUAUCAAACUUGAUAAACUCUCUCUCUC